AGCCUGGCUCGUCCCGAGAACUACAAUCCCCAUCAGGCCGCGGGCAGCCAGCCCUUGCUCCGGCCCCGCCUCCAGCUCGCCGCGGCCCCUCCCAUCCUCCCCCCUCUGGCCGCGCGGAGGCUGCGCCGUAGGGCUGGCGCGCCUUUCCGGGUCUGCGCGCGUCGCUGAGGAGAACCCUGGGGGCGCUGUGCUGCCAUGCCGCCUUUUGGUUUCCGUUCUCUGUGAGCGCCCUGCACUCAGGGAUCCGUCCCUGGCCGCCCCGGUACCCCUACGCCUCUCGCCCCCCGACUUUCCCUCUGAGAGGGCCUGGCCGGGCGCAGAGAGGGGCGCUGGUCCUGUGCGACCCGCCCAAGGCAGUGUCCUGUGCUAGAGAAAGCAAGCCCCUAUAGAGGCAGCACGUACCCUGAACAUUGAGAGUGGCACCUCCAAGCUCCUUCCCUGCGAACUACACUCAGCAACUCAGCGUCCAGCCGCCAUAGGUUUGAGCAUCUGUGCUUUACCCUCGGUUUAUUUUGUCAUCUAUUAGCAAAAUGUGUCCUAAGGUGCUGAUUAGAAUGAAUGUGAUUUGGAGAAAUUCUAUUGCCUGUCUAAAGAUCAGAGAGGUGCCACACAGAUACCAAAGUAGUUAUCACCCAGUGGCUCCUCUGGGAUCAAGGAUUUUAACUGACCCAGCCAAAGUUUUUGAACACAACAUGUGCCUCACCAUCUCAGCAGCUCUGAACACUGAUACCUGCCUUCUCAACGCACAAAACUGCCACUCAGUGAGACAGCCGGUUUCUCCUUGGGCUCCACCUCUGCACCACAGUCUAGAACAUGUCCCAGGCAGAAAGCCAGGGGAUCACAUGCAGUGGUCAAAAGAAGAAGAAGCAGCAGCCAGAAGAAAAGUAGAGGAAAACUCAGCUGUGCGAGUCCUUCUGGAAGAGCAAGUUAAGUAUGAGAGUGAAGCUAGUAAAUAUUGGGACACAUUUUACAAGAUUCAUAAGAAUAAGUUUUUCAAAGAUCGUAAUUGGCUGUUAAGGGAAUUUCCUGAAAUUCUCCCAGUUGAUCAAAAAACGGAAGAAAAGGCAAAAGAAUUAUCAUGGGAUCGUGUAAAAAUUAAUGCUGCAAAUUGUUUCUCAAGAAUGCACUGCCCUACUAUGCCUGAAGAAAAAAAUCAUUAUAAAAAAAGUUCUGACUCGUCAGAUGGUCAAAGCAAAGCAGGAUCUGACGUUGACAACCUAGACUCUAAAGAACAUGGAAAACGACCCCUGAAGACUGAACUGUAUCCUGGUAGCAAUGCCACUUUCAGAAUCCUAGAGGUUGGCUGUGGUGCUGGGAAUAGUGUUUUUCCAAUUCUGAACACUUUGCAGAAUGCUCCAGAGUUCUUUCUUUAUUGUUGUGAUUUUGCUUCUGGAGCUGUGGAGCUAGUAAAGUCACACUCAUCUUACAGAGCAGCCCAGUGCUGUGCCUUUGUUCAUGACGUUUGUGACGAUGGCUUACCCUACCCUUUUCCAGAUGGGAUCCUGGAUGUCAUUCUCCUUGUCUUUGUGCUCUCUUCUAUUCAUCCUGACAGGAUGCAAGGUGUUGUAAACCGACUGUCCAAGUUACUGAAACCUGGGGGGAUGCUGUUAUUUCGGGACUAUGGAAGAUAUGAUAAGACUCAGCUUCGCUUUAAAAGGGGGCAUUGUUUAUCUGAAAAUUUUUAUGUUCGAGGAGAUGGUACCAGAGCAUAUUUCUUUACAAAAGGGGAAGUCCACGAUAUGUUCUGCAAGGCUGGGUUAGACGAAAAGCAGAAUCUGGUUGAUCGUCGCUUACAAGUUAAUAGGAAAAAACAAGUGAAAAUGCACCGAGUGUGGGUUCAAGGCAAAUUCCAGAAACCAUGACACUUGACUCAAAAAAAGCUCCAAAUUGGUAUUUUCACUCCUUUCUCAUGGCUGAACUAUGUAUCAUGUUAAGAUACAAACCAGAGGAUUAUACUAUUCAAAGUCUUUUGUAAAUCUUUCAUUUUUGAAAAGGCAGAAGAGAAUUUGUAUAUCCUGCUAUUUAUGAUGAGUAGGCUCUUGUGAGCAUUUUAAGCACAUCUAAGUGAUUUGGAAGAAUGCACAAUAUUCUGUGUUUUCAAAACUUAAUAUGCUCAAGCUUUUGGAUUUAUUAUGUCUUAACCAUUUUGUUUGUUCUUUGAGUCUUAUAAGCAUUCAGUUAAAUUACUGACACAAGUCAUAUCAUUUCUGAGAAACCAUAACCUGCCAUUUUUUAGAAGUGAAAAAACAUCAUCUGCUUUAGUUAUACAUUAGUUGAACACAGUUGAACUCUCCUCCCUUGUUAACUGAUAGCAGAGAGGCAGCUCACCCUGUUUCCAAGGAAAGUCACAAGACCAAGACAAAGAAGCUGGUCAUGAGCACAGGGAAACUUCCAAGAGUAAAGAAUUCCCUGUUUGGUGGAUCUUAUCUACAAUGAAAACGAUGCACAACACGUGCAGGGCUGACCCCUACUCCCAUUGCAUUGCCAACUGUCAGGCCUGGUACCAGAGGAACUGUAACACUCAAGGAAUUUGGCUUGAACUACCUCAUUUCUAAGUCCCAAAGACUGUCAAGUUAAUGAAGCUGUGGUUAUUACUCAGUUGAACAUUUUCUUACUUCAUAGCCCUUGUGUUUGUUUUCUACUAUGACUUGUUACAAAGUAUGAAUUUAUUCAUCUUCGUAAACCUGGAAGGAUGGGCUACAGCUUUAGGAUAAACACACCCAGAGGGAUGCAGGCAGAAGGGGACAUUGACCGAGCCAGAAGAUCAUCCUCAUUCCCCACUGUGACAGAGGAAGGUCUAGCUCCUACUUUGCAGAAAGGAACAGAUUAGGUAUUGGUAUAAUACAGUCACCAAGUGAUUCAAGAUCUGCUGACCCUCUGCAAGGAAAUAAAUGGAGGACAAGUGAAGAAUAAGGCCAGAAGAGCCUACAAGACAGUAUUACAAUGUGCAAUCACUACCAUCUGUUGAGGUAUGAAAGAUCCUCGAAAUACUAUCCCUGUGUUCCCUGCCCACAUGUUAAACCAAAUGAGAAAGACUGCAGUGUCAACAGAUGAAGAUUAAAACAUGAACUUAAUUACUGAUGAAUCUGAUGGUGGAGAGAAUGGCUCAGUAUGUAUGGUAACAAUUGCCCUCCUGGUCCUAAACCCCAGAAUCAAGACCUGCACUGGACAGCCACAGGGCUCUAUUCAUGGGGUCUGCUGCUGUGGAACCUUUUACAGAGUAGCUGCUGGCUACCAAGAAAGAGUGAAAAAAGGAGUGGGUUAAACAUGCCUCAUUCAUCUCCCAAAUCCACUUAUUAGCUAAAUGACUUCACCAUUCCCAGGACUGAGAAAGACAGGACCAAAGAGACCAGGAGUCAUACCAGUUGCUGUCCCUCCACAUGGCAAGAAACAACAGAAGUGGGAAUUACCUAAACCUUUCCCAAGUGCUGGAUAAAACACACCCCACAUAAACUGAGGCUAGAGCAGCGUGGAGUGGACUCUACUCUGUCCUUUUGUCACUUGCUGAGUAGUCUGGUUAGAGAGAUACACCAGCAUUAACUGUAAGCUGGUGGCAGCUUACCUGGUCUGUAAGCCUCAGCCUUGGUGAUGGGUGGGAUGUACAGGGUAUGCACUGACACUUGUACAUGGUUAGAAUACUGGGAACUGCAAACAGAAUGAACCUCCAAAGUUAUAACCAGUGACUUUUUCUGGGAACCAUACUAAACUUAAAUCUUUACUAGGCAGCUGAUGAAUAGCCAGGAGGUCUAGCAGCUCUGCCCAGCACCACUUCUGUAUUGACUCACUGUAGACCAGCACUUCUCACUCAUCACCCAGCUCUCACCAGAGGUCUCGGUGAUUAUUGUUCCUUUUAUUUGCUCACUUUUUCUAAAAUUUUACUUUUUGUGAGGAUGUGAAUAGGUGCAAAAUACCUUCUAUGCUGACGUAAAAUGAAAAGGGAGGUGAUUCAAUUCUUUUGUCGAAGGCAAGACUUGUGAUUUUUUAAGUGCUAGGUUGAUGCCAAACUCAAAGAAUAUGGAGGACUUGGGGAAAGGCCAGAGGCAGAUAAAAGAUUAUUAAUAGUUUGUUUAUAAGAGCCAUGAUUAAAGGUUGAAGAAAAUGUGUCUAUUAACCCUAGGAGAAGAGCACACUAGAAGAUGAGAGUGAUAGCUUGCGGGUAGAAAUAAGUAAAAAGGGUUCUCAGAGAAGAAACAUGGAACCCCUUUGAAUAUAAAGCCUAGCUUCACUCCUGCUGGUUGUGUAACCUUAAACAAGACACUUCACAUCUCUGAGCAUCAGUAACUGGAGAUGAUAUUGCUUAUCUGAAGAUUGUUGCAAGGAUUAAAUAUAAUGCACGUCAAGUGCAAGGCAUGAUGCCUAGAGAUAAUUGUGCUCAGUAAGUGGUAAUUAAUAGAUUUUUUUUUAUGAAAGAUAGUGAUUAAGUCUCUCUUUCUUGAAGAAGGGAGGAGAAAUGCACUCUUCCUGCAAUAUAAAUAAUUCAAGUUAGCCGUAAGAAACUUCUCCUAACUAUGAAGAGUUGAGUUUUCUUAUUUCAGAUUAUUGCUGUUUCUUUGGCUUACAUUCAAUUCUAUUCAAACAUAUAUUAAGCAUUCGUCCACUAUGAGCCCAAAACUGCCAGACUCAGAAUAUUGAAAUGAAUAAGACUUUGUUCUUGCUCUUUAGAUGCCUACAAUGUAGGAUGAGUGUCCAUUUGUCCGAAAUGUGGCAUCUCCUACUUAAAUCUCUUGGCUUCAGCUGGCCACCACCAUUUGACCACCAUAGUCUACCCAACCCAUCAUGUCAGUUGGCAUCCUAACUUUGGAGACCCUUUUCAAAGCCCUCCAUGAAUAAAUCUAGACACGUGCCACGCAGCAAAAGCCAAACAAAGCAUGUGAAACAAGUCCUCAAGGUAUAGCCCCUGUGUCACACACCCUUUGGUGUCUAAGGUCGCUUGUAAUAAUGCUGCCCAUACCUCCACACAGAUCACCUCCUGCCACAGAAUUUAGAACUUCCACUUACGGUACCUCUCAGUACCACCCAGCGUUACCACAAUCCAUCCAAUCUGUCAAAAUCGAGAUGAGAUCCAGGCUGUCUUCAAGAGAUUUGCGAGACCCUCCCCACCCCUGACAUUAGUGCUACAAAAUCCCAUCUCAGUCACCAUUCACCUGAGUUGGUCAUCCCAGCAAGGAACCUGAUCUGACUCAUCUCUUGCCACAAUCAUCACCUGAUCACGUAAACUCAAAAACUAGCCCCUGUGGAGGCCAGAAAUAAGCCCUUGCUUACGUGCUCAAAUGAUUUUUGAAAAGUGUGCCAAGACCAUUCAAUGGAGGAAGGAACAGUCUUUCCAACAAAUUAUUUUGGGAAAACUGUGUUUCCACACGCAGAAGAAUGGAGUUGGACCCUUACUUUACACCACAUACAAAAAUUAAUUCAAAAUGGAUCAAAAAAAACCAAAUGUAACACCUAAAACUGUAAUUCUUAGAAGAAAACAUAGAGGAAGAGCUUCAUGACAUUGGAUUUAGCAAUGAUUUCUUGGAAUAUGACACCAAAAGUGCAGGCAAUAAGAACAACAAAAAUAGACCAAUUGGAAUCAAAUGUAAAACUUUGUACAUCUAGAUACAAUCAACAGAGUGAAAAGGCAACCCACAGAGCAGGAGAAAAUAUUUGCAAAUCAUAUAUUUGAUAAGAGGUUAGUAUCCAGAAUAUAUACAACUCAACAACAAAAAGCCAACCUGAUUAAAAAAUGAGCAUAGGACUUAAAAAGACACUUCUCCAGAGGAGAAUUACAAAUGGCCAGUGAGCAUAUGAAAAGAUGUUCAACGUCACUAAUCAAACCCACAAUGGCAUAGCACCUCACACCCAUUAGGAUGGCUACUAUCAAAAAACAGAAAAUAACAAAUGUUG